AAGAAGGAAGACGUUAAGAGAUUGUGGGACAACUCAGCUGAAAAGGAGCGAGUGGUGAUGCACAAUGGAGGAUUUCAGGCGGACAUACCUUCGUCUUUGUAAGGAGAGCGGUGUGGAGCCUCAGGAGAGCAUGGUGGCCCGGCUCCAGGGGGGGGGGGCUCAGGGGUCCAGCCUGGACCUGAGUGGACAGAGCCUGUCUGCAGAGACCUGCUCCGUGCUGGCCAGGGCCUUCCAAAGAGACACCGUCUUCACAGAGGUGCUGCUCAGUGACUGUAUGCUCAGCGAGGAAGGUGCAAAAGUACUUCUAAGUGGACUGUCAGGCAACACAACUGUAAAAGUCUUGGAUCUGAAGGUGGCGCAUGCACAAAUGAAAUUGGUAACAACCUGAGAUCGACAGGGGCUGAGGUGUUGGGAAAGCUGUUGGCACUUAACAAGACUCUGCGCAGGUGAGAACAAGAAUUUUAAUGUGAGAAUAUUUGUUCAGUUGCUGCUUGCAACACCAGACAUGUGACCAAUCUGGUCCAAUCUGGUCAUAGUAUGUCUUUGGUCAUUAUACAAUUAAUUUAAACUAAAUAACCUUCACUCAAGUUCCACUUACUAGUUGUUUCCUGUACUUUCACCUUCAUAUGGUCUUUAUCAGCAUGCAUAUCUUGCUGUGCUGUCAUCACAUCAGAAUGGAACCUCUCCAUAUUGACUGAGUAAACCCCAUCCACUAAUGAAAGCCUAAAGAGUGGUUAAAAACUUUGAGUUAUGAUGAAUCUGUUAAACUGCUAUGUCCAAGGUUAAGAAAUAA